AUGCGUCCUCAAUCUGUUCUGGCAGUCAUUGCCUCAGUCGUCUGCUCUGCGGCUGCGGUUCCUGCUGAAGACCAUCCGGAGUCUGCCUUUUCUGGUCCUUUCAAUAUCACCAAUGCAGCGGAGACGGACUCAUUGUUCGCUCUCGACAAGCGAGACGACUGCGGCACCAAUGGUCCCCUAUUCAGCAAGGACAGCAUCAACAACCUCAUUCGGGACCUUCAGAACAACAACCCGGAUGGGAUGACUUACGUCCCUCACAACAACCUCGUGAGCUGGUCAAACGGCGACGCUCAGGUUUGCGUCAAGAACACUUAUGCUUUUGAGAACACCCACGUCAAACGGUGGGAAGUUGGUUGGGCUGUUGGGUACAUCCGCGAUAUGUGCUGCACUGCUUCGGGGAACCCACAAUGCGAGGGAGGUCAGGCUUUGGCUCAUGGUGACAGUGGUCUGGCACUUGUUGUGUAUCUGCGCUCCAAGUCUCGCAGUUGUGGCGCAAACACGAACUAA